AACUUAGUUUUGAAAAGAUACAUGAAAAUCUCUGACAUAAUUCUAGAUUAAUGAAUGAAAAAUCACAAUAUAAAUGAACUAGAAAAGAGUUGGACGAAAAUUAUAGUAUUGUCAAUUUCAAUCAAGACAUGUAACGCGUGGAAAUUCUACUAGUAGAGAAACAAGAGACAUUCACAUUGUGAAAGAAGACGAGGGAUGUGAAAAGUGAAUCAACAAACUCCAAUUUGUGUCCUGCAAAGUCUUGGUCUUCCUAGAUUUUAUUGAAGUUUCUUUCCCAUUAGCUCUUUCACUUUUGCUUCACUCUCUAAACAAAGAAGGUACACGAUAUCUAGUAAGGUCUCUGAAUAUUCUCUAAAUAAUACAGAACAAAGCACUUGAGGUCAAAAAGUAUUUUACUUUGAUUUGCCUAAUCUUUGAUGCAUAUCCUUGAAAGUCUUGGCAUUUGUUGCAUAUUUUUGGUAGGUGAAAGUCUUGAUUUCCUAGACUUUAUAGUUUUAUCUCUCGAUUAACUCACUAUCACUUUGCUUCUCCAUAACCCUUGUUCUCUGCAGACUAUAGUGACUAAUUCACCCAUGGCCAUUGGAGAAAUUUUUUUGGGUUCCUUCUGUCAGGUCCUACUCGACAAGUUGACUUCUUUAGGAUUGGACUAUGUGCUACAAGAAAGAAUCAACACCACCUCGCUCCAUAUGUUGAAGGGGAUGCUAGAAACAAUCAAUGCAAUGCUAGAUGAUGCAGAGGACAAGCAACUGAGUGAUGACCGUCUAAUGAAGCUAUGGUUCGAUGAUGUUAGGGACUUGGCCUAUGACAUAGAAGACUUGCUUCAUGAGUUUGAGAUCGAGGCUGGUCAAGCCAAGCCGAAGGCAGAAUCCAGCACAAGUGGAGGUCAGUUGAAAAGGAAGUUCUCUUUGUUUAGCCGAUCGUGCUCGCUCAUGUCUGAAACUAAGUCACAAGAGAUGAAGGGUAGGUUUGAAGAGAUUAUUAGCAGGAAGGCUUUCCUAAGCUUGAGAGAGAAUGUUGUGCACAGAUCCCACUACACCAACAAAAGGCUCCCCAGCACUUCUCUACCAGAACUUCAAUUUUUUGGCAGGGAGGAGGAAGAAGCACAAGUACUUGAACUAUUGAUUGGUGACGUCCAAAAUUCCGAUGCCAAUUUGAGCAUAGUCCCCAUAGUUGGGAUGGGUGGUGUUGGAAAGACGGCCUUGGUUCAACAACUAUAUAAUCAUGUCAGGGUGAAAAGCUAUUUCGAGAGGAGAGUAUGGGUUUGUGUUUCAGAUUUUUUUGAUGUCCUCAACAUAACAAAAACUAUUUUGCGGUCAGUCACCGGGUUACCCUGUGAGGGUGAAGAUCUUAAUGGGCUUCAAGUUAAGUUGAAGGACAGUUUAUCUGAAAAGAAGUUUCUCGUGAUUUUAGACGAUGUCUGGAAUGAGAAGUAUGGAGAAUGGACUGCCCUCCUAAAGCCAUUUGAAGCGGGGGCUAAGGGAAGCAAGAUCAUUGUCACAACGCGCAACCAUUCUGUUGUUUCCAUAACAGGUGCUUCACCGUAUCCUUUGAAGGAGUUGUCCCUUGAUAAUUGUACAAGUUUAUUAGCCCAUCAUGCUCUAGGAGAAAGAAAUUUUGGGAGGCAUGCAUAUCUUGAAGCAAUAGGUAAGAAAUUAGCUGAAAAAUGUAAAGGUUUACCUUUAGCAGCAAAAAUAUUGGGUGGUCUCCUACGAAACAAAGAAAAUCUUGACGAAUGGGAAGCUAUCUUAAAUAAUAGAAUAUGGGAUGCCAUGAUGGAAAAAAAUGAUGAGGUUCUCCCAGCUUUAAAAUUGAGCUAUGUCCAUCUUCCUUCUUAUUUGAAGAGAUGUUUUGCUUAUUGCGCAAUAUUUCCAAAGGACUAUGAAAUUGAGAGGCAUGAGCUAGUACUCUUAUGGAUAGCAGAGGGCUUUUUAGAUGGACGAAAAGCAAAGGAGAAUAUCUUGAGCUUAGGAUGGAAUUACUUCGAUGAGUUAGUAUCCAGAUCCUUUUUGCAACAAUCCAGUGUUAACACAUCGAAGUUUUUGAUGCACGAUCUUUUGAAUGACCUAGCAAAGUCGAUUGCGGGCGGAAUAUGCUUUACUUCUAGGGAGUCUCAACAGGUGGAUGAGGAAGAUGACGCCUCUCUUGAUAAGAAAGCUCUUUAUGCAUCAUUCAUCUCAUCAUGGUAUGUUACAUCAAGAUGCUUGAGAGCAUAUGAUGGAAUGAAGGUACUAAGAAGUUUAAUAAUAUUGCGUGAUGGGAUUGGUGGGGGCUCAAGAAAAUUCUCUAUCUCCAACAAGGUGCUGUAUGACUUGCUAACAAAAUUGAAGUACUUGAAGGUGUUCUCAUUAUGCUAUUGUUCCAUCAUAGAGGUACCGGAAUGUGUUAGUGAUUUAAAUCAUCUUCGAUAUCUCAAUUUCUCUUAUACUGAUAUUGAAAGGUUACCCGAGUCAAUUGAUGCCUUGUGCAAAUUACAAGCUUUGAUCUUAAGAGGUUGUCAAAAGCUUUCAAUGUUGCCUCCAGGUAUCACAAAAUUGGUCAAUUUACAAUUUCUUGACCUUAGAGAUACAUCAAGUCUAAAAAAGAUGCCAUUGGGUAUUGGUAAUUUGAAGAAUAUAAUUAUCUUGUCUAAGUUUGUGGUAGAACCAGAGAAAGGGUCAAAGUUAAAGGAGUUAAAGAACUUGCAAAAUCUUCAAGGAGAAUUCUUCAUAUCUGAAUUGCAGAAGGUGGAAGAAGUUAGAGAUGCAAUUGAUGCUAAUUUGUUUAGAAAGCAAGGCCUUAGUAACUUAUUCUUGUCUUGGAAUAAAAAUUUUGGAAAUUUCCGGAAUAUAGAGCACGAAGCACGGGUUCUUCACUCCCUGCGACCUCAUACUAAUCUUGAAAGUCUCACUAUCUCAUAUUAUGGUGGUGGAAUAUUUCCGUCAUGGUUAAAUGGUCCAUCCUAUUCUAAGAUAGUGUCUUUGUGCUUGCGUGGUUGUCCUAAUGUUAGAUCGCUGCCAUCACUUGGACAGCUCCCUUCACUUAGAGAAUUAUCUAUUGAAGGUCUGCAUGUAGUAAGCAUGAUAGGCUCCGAAUUUUGUGGGACUAAAAGGCCUUUCCCAUCCUUAACAACUUUGAAGUUUGAAGAGAUGUCAGCAUGGAAAGAUUGGUCUAUUUACGUUGGUGGCCAAGAAGAAGAAGUACCAUUCUCCUGUCUUCAGCAUCUUGUUGUUCGAAGAUGUCCAAAGUUGAUGGGGACAUUGCCUUGUCAACUUGAUCAUCUCAUAAAGUUGGAAAUUCAUUCAUGCUCGCAUUUGAAUAACUCAACCAGUGUCAUUCAUCUUCCAUCUCUCUGUGAUUUACACCUUAGGGAUUGUAACAAGGAGAUCUUAAAGAGCUUGGUCAACCUAACUUCCUUAACCAUUCUCAAAAUUGAGAAUCUUUCGGAGCUCAUAUGCUUUGAUAAGGGGUUUAUAAGCCAUUUGGUCAAGCUAAAGGAGCUUCAUAUAAGAAGCUGUGACAAGCUAACAUACUUGUGGCAAGAUGGAGAUGGAACGCGAAAUCUUAUUUGCCUCCAGGAAUUAGCCAUCAGAAGUUGUCCUCAAUUCACAUCUUUUGUGGUUGGAGAAGGAGAGAUUUUAAAGAUCGUGGUCAACAUACCUUCUUUAACCGUUCUCAAAAUUCAACAUCUACCAAAGCUUGUUUGCUUUGAUCAUGGGUUUAUGAGUAGCUUGGUCAAGCUAAAGGAGCUUGAAAUAAUAAGUUGUGACAAGUUAACAUACUUAUGGCAAGAUGGAAAUGAAACUCAAAAUCUUACUUGCCUCCAGAGUUUAGCCAUCGAAAGCUGUCCUCAAUUCACAUCUUUUGUGGGUGGAGAAGGAGAGAUAGAGCUGCCCUGCAACCUUGAAAAGAUGGAAUUAAAGAAUUGCACGAGUUUAGAAAAGCUUCCAAGCAAGAUGCACACACUUAGAGAUUUGAGCAUUCGGAAUUGUCCAAAAAUCAUGGGACAAACCAUUCCUCCAGAUGACCUUAGCAGCAAUAACCUAAUUUCACAACUUGAAUCUCUGAAGAUAAGUAAAUGUGAUUCUAUGACAUUCUUUCCGCUUGCCAAGGCUAGACUUGCUGCUCUAAAGACACUUCAUAUUUCGGAGUGUGAAGGAGUGGAGUCGCUGGAAGAGAUCAUUGUAGAAUCGUUGAAAUCUUUGGAUAUUUCUACUUGUGUGAAACUAGGAAGCCUACCCCGGUGCCUUCACACGCUCUCCCAUCUCACUAAAUUGGAAAUAUGGAACUGUCCAGCAUUGGACAUAGAUGACUUCCCUCCCCUUCCCAUCACCCUGUCAAAGCUUACGCUUUGUAAGUGUCCGAAGAUAAAGUUUCUACCAAAUCAAUGGCAUAAUCUUACAUCCCUCCAUUCGCUACAAAUUUGGUAUUGCCAAAAUAUUAAAUGCUUCCCCGAAGGAGGAUUGCCUCCCAAUUUACAGAGCCUUGAAAUUUUAGGGUGCGAGAAUUUGAAGUCCCCAAUGAGAGAAUGGGGCUUACACCUGCUGGCAUCCCUUGAGUUGCUCCAAAUCGACUUUGGCAAGGGAGGGGAGGGAGAGGGGGAGUGGUUUCCUUGGGAGGACAAGGAUGCAUGGAGUCUUCUCUUUCCUUCCUCUCUAACCGAACUUUACUUGAGAAAUAUGAGGAAUGUGGAAAGUCUAUCAAGCGGUCUUCGCAGCCAUCUCUCCUCUCUCCAACAGUUAUGGAUUAGAGAUUGCCCGAAGUUGAGGUACUUGCCGAAGAUGGCCUCCCUCCUUCCCUCCAAAAUCUAUACAUAUACAAAUGCGAGAUUCUGAAACUUCGAUGCUCAAAACUCACCGGCGAGUAUUGGCCCCUCAUCGAAGAGAUCCCUAUCGUCUACAUUGAUGGCAUUCAGAUCCAAUGAAUUGAUUCUUCAAUCUACAGUCAAUUUUCUAGGUUUUGAGUAAGUUUUUGGUUUUGAAAGCAUCAAUAUCAAUUAUGCUUCCUCAAUUUCAAUUUUGUCCUUUUUCUUUCAUUACUUAACAAAAAGACAAAUGUCCCUAAAGUCCAUAAAUUAUAUGUGCGUGCAUUUUCCAUUCUAUAUGCAAGAUG